AAUUCCUCAUCCUCCAUCCUCCUCAGCAAGUCGGAUACAAGAUAAAAGAUUUUAAGCUUUCCCAACCAAUUCCUAAACAACUGAAAUAUCUUAUUUGAGUCUUCCCCAAAUUGACAAGAUGCAGAGCUUCAACCUACUUAUCGUAUUCGCAGCAGUGUUGUUGAUCAACACUCAAGUGAAUUGUGGCUCGUUUGUGUGUCCCAUUCCCGGUCAACCUGAAGACCAAAAAGAUGCCUAUUGCAUCCGAAGAAUAACUCGCGAGGAGCUCCGUGAUCCGGCUAAUAAAAAUGCAACCAUGUUCAAGCUCCACAUAACCGAAAAAGGUGAAGAUGGAUUUACCUGCGAUGAUGUGAUUUUGAACGGUAAACCGGCCAGAGACAGCUUUUGUUGCAAUGCUCCAGGUGACAUUGGUGUGGUUCUGCCAAGUCCCCAAAGCAUGUGGGAUAACAAAUGCAGCAUCAUUGAAGAUUGAAGACCAACAUAUCCUUCCUUCCCCCCUUGAAUUUCUCUUCGAAUCGGAUCAUCCUCAUUGGCUGCAUCUUUUAUAAUAACCUAAACUUCUUGCUCAUUCUAGACUCACAAAAUCCUGAAAUUGUAGUAGAAAUUUGAUUCUUAUCAGCAUAAUCUCAUCUCACUAUUCAUCUUUUGGCCUCAUCUAUUCAGUUCACAUUUUGAAAAGAAAAGAAAAAUUGGUGCAAACACCAGGAAAAAAAACAAUGAACACUUG